GUUAUGGAAUAGAUGUGCCUUGCUACGUGACCUACUUUUCACCCUCACAUGACACUUCCGGGUUAUUAGUGAAAGAUGGCAAGUCAAACUACUGGGAUUCAACAGCUUUUAGCUGCCGAGAAACGUGCCGCUGAUAAAGUUGCUGAAGCAAGAAAGCGUAAAGGACGUAGGUUGAAGCAGGCUAAAGAAGAGGCCCAGGCUGAAAUAGAAGCUUACAGAAAUAAAAGGGAGAGUGAUUAUAAAAGAUAUGAACAAAGUGUUUUGGGAUCUCGAGGUGACCGAGAGAAACAGAUUGACAAAGAUACUCAAGAAAGAAUACGCACAAUUGAACAGAAUGUACAGAAACAAAAAAACCAAGCUCUACAGAGUCUUCUAGAAAUGGUGUACGAUAUCAAACCGGAAAUGCACAUCAAUCUUAGAUUAUAAAACAAUAGUCUUUUUU